GAGCGGAUUUGUCCCCCUGCCCGGCACCGGGGCUCGGCCCUGCUGCGCGCCCGGGGGCCUCCGUGCUGACGCUCUUUCGCCGUGGCAGGGAGAAGCGGAGAGCCAUCAUCCCUCCUCAUUUGGCGUACGGCAAACGAGGUUCCCCCCCCACCAUCCCAGGCGACGCGGUGCUGAAGUUCGAAGUGGAGCUGGUCGGCCUGUCUCGGGCCAGCUACUGGCAGAAGGUGGUGAACGACGUGCUGCCCCUCGUGUGCCUCGGGCUGGUCCCGGCGCUGCUGGGGCUCAUCGGCUUCCACCUCUACCGCAAAGCCAGCAGCCCCAAGCUCUCCAAGAAGAAGCUCAAGGAGGAGAAGAGGAACAAGGCCAAAAAGAAAUAAACCGUACCCUCAGCAACCA